AUGAAGUUUGAAGGCAUCAACCUUUUGGAUGUACCACUCGUCUGUGGCCUAUUGUCCGAUAUCGAGCUCGAAGUCACAUCCCAGCAUGACGCAACGAGCCUUCUGGAGGGUCUCAAAGCUGGUGCUUGGUCCGUUGAACAGGUAACCAUAGCUUUCUGUAAGCGGGCGGCUGUUGCUCAGCAGUUGGUGAACUGUCUGACGGAAAUAUUCUUCGACGAAGCCAUUGAACGUGCUCGCCAGCUCGAUAGACAACGACUCGCUUGUGUGAACACCGAGUUACUUCCACCGCUCUUCGGCUUGCCCGUGUCGCUCAAGGAUACUUUUGCAGUCAAGGGACAUGAUACGUCGACUGGCUUAGCUUGUUAUGUCAAUGAGCCGGCGGGGGAACAUAGUGCUAUUGCUGCGAUGCUUCUCGACCUUGGCGCCAUCCUUUACUGCAAGACCAAUGUUCCGCAAUCCGUCAUGACCGGAGACAGUGACAACCAUGUCUUUGGCAGGACACUCAAUCCGCGAAACGUCUCUUUCACGGCGGGUGGUAGCACUGGUGGUGAGGGUGCACUACUUGCCCUUAGAGGAAGUAUUCUUGGGAUCGGUACCGAUAUAUCUGGAAGCAUUCGUGUCCCGUGCGUCUGUAACGGAACUUAUGGGAUGAGACCGAGUGUAGGACUCGUUCCUCAUGGCGGUACGCGUGAACUGACAGUACCUGGGACAGAUGGGGUACGUUCGACCGUGGGGCCGUUGGCAACCACGCUCCGAGAUUGCGCCCUCUUUCUCAGGACAGUCAUGCAGGCAGGGACAUGGCGAUAUGACAGCAACGUCGUAUCACUACCAUGGAAGAAUGUAAAGCGUAAGGAGAGACUGCGCAUUGGUCUAGUUGAAGAUGAUGGUGUUUACACUCCGGUUCCACCGGUAAGGAGGGGUUUGAAGAAGGCAGGCGAUCUGCUUCGCAUGAGCGAGCAGGUCGAGAUUGUUCCGUUGACUUUACCGAAUGUCCAAGACCAUUACGAAGAUCUUCUCAGUUAUUUCACUCUAUCCGGAAGCGAGCACUACCUCGAACAGUUCAGCCGAACAAGCGAGCCAUUGGUACCAUCGUUGGCAGCGAUUGGCCUCUUGUCGAAACCGGCGUCGACCCUUGAGAGCUUUUUUGCUCUGAACGUACGCCGAGCUGAAGCUACAAGGACGUAUCUUCGACUCUUCCUCGAGAACCAGCUGGAUGCGAUUCUGAUGCCCGCAGCUCCCCAUACUGCUCUGCCUUGGGAUACUUGGACUAGCGCCACGUAUACUGGGUUAUGGAGCUAUCUUGACUAUCCAGCGGUCGUGAUCCCCGUCGAUGUGGUGGCAGCUUCAGACUUGAUGGAUGAUCCUGGCAGAGCGAAAUAUGGGCCAAAUGACACGGAGCUCUAUCAACUGUAUACAGGACCCGAGCGAUACGAGGGCCUUCCGAUCGCGGUCCAAAUUAUAGGGUACCGACACCAAGACGAGGAGUUGAUUGCGACGGCGGAGAUGCUGGACUCAAUCAUCAAUGGCGAACCGUAA